AUGCAUGUCUGAAAUUUGUCAGUACAGCAGCUUAAUUGCUUGUUACAGAAUGUAGCUUGGCGCUUCUCUUUUAAGUUUUACUAUAUUUGCUGCUACUCAGAUAUAAUCUUGAUGAAACAAAGAGAGCAUAUGAACACCACUGACGCGCCGUUGACGGUGCCUCCAGGCUUUCGCUUCCACCCUACAGAUGAAGAGCUCCUCUACUACUACCUGCGAAAGAAGGUUGCUUACGAACCGAUCGAUCUCAACGUCAUAAGAGACGUCGAUCUCAAUAAACUCGAGCCAUGGGAUCUCGAAGAUAAGUGUAGAAUAGGGUCAGGGCCUCAAGAUGAGUGGUAUUGUUUUAGCCACAAGGAUAAAAAGUACCCGACGGGGACGCGAACUAACCGUGCGACCGCUGCCGGAUUCUGGAAGGCCACGGGGAGGGACAAGGCUAUACACCUCGGCGACUCGAGGAGGAUCGGCAUGCGGAAAACCCUAGUUUUCUACACUGGGAGAGCCCCUCAUGGCAAAAAGAGCGAAUGGAUCAUGCACGAGUAUCGGUUGGAUGAUGAGAGCUUACAUGAGGUUCAGGAAGAUGGAUGGGUUGUAUGCAGGGUUUUCAAGAAGAAGAACCUGCAGCAGAGGUUCAUCAACCCCUCAGAAGCACUUCUCGACGACGAGGACGAACUCGACCGCCCGCCAAAACCUGCGUCAGCGCCAGCACUGGAUCAGCAGAAGCAGAUCUUCCAGAUGCCACCCGACCUCUCCUUCGACGCGUCGAUGCACUUACCUCAGCUGCUCAGCGCCAAAUCCUGCAGCAUUGCCCCUCUAAUCCCUCAUGUGUCCAUGAACAAUAAUACACUUAAUCACAUCCAUUGCUCUCAGCAUGGAAGGUUUAGUAAUGGAGAUUGGUCUAUACUGGACAAGUUACUUGCUUCUCAGCAGAGCUUGCUGAUCAACCAACAAGCUCAUGAUCAGCUUGUGGAUUUGGGCUCUUCAGUGCGGAGGUUUCCAUUGCAGUAUCUUGGGUGUGAAGUUGAUCUCCUGAAAUUUUCUGAGUAAUUAGGAAGGGCUGUUACUAAGUUGAAUUCUCUUGUUUGAGUAGGUUUUUUAAUUUUGUCCAGGGGUUUUAAGAAUUUGAAGAUGUAUGUAUAUAAGUGCAUUGUGUUGGGACUCAUUUUCAUUUUUCAGUAAUUUGAACCAGACUUUUUUUUUUUUUUUGGUUACUUUCAUACAGAUCCAUGCAAAUAUAGUGAAUUGCAAAUAUAUUUCUACAAAGUUCAACUUGUAUAUAUUGUUCCUCUAAAAGUUUUGGUAUUUUCAAAUAUGUCUGAUCCGUUAAAAAAAAUUAGUUAAACAUAAGUAAAAUACUUAACCCUAGUUUGUUAAUGAGGUUUACCCCUCUUCAAUUAACUGUUGAAAUUUUUGAAA